UCUUUCCUAACUAGACAUUUUUAAUUAGCAGAUUCCUAACCAUUUUACAUUGAAUUCCCACUUCUAUACCCAUUUCACAUUGCAUUUCCACUUCAUGGCUCAUAAGAAAUAACUUCAAUACAUCAGAUUUGAUCAUGAUGUGGGGACAUACUGUUUGCAGUACAUUUGAAAAUGAGUGGUGAACCUUGUCAAUUCAAGGUUAUGCAUGACAUGUAAUGACACGUAUUCACCAAACAGAUGGCGUGGUCGACUAUCUAAAAGCCGAUUAUGGUCAGCCCUAUACUGAAGCUACUAAAACCAAUAGCCUGGAUUUGACUUUGCGUGAACUCACAAACUGUUUCAUAAUUUGAGGUUACAUUUUAAUGUUAAAGUUAGUGUUUUUGCAAUGCACAUGUCACCGCUUUUCAAAUGCCUAUAGUUGCUUGACCAUUGUAAAUGUGGUGUAAAUAUACGUUUUUAUUCGAUCCUUAAAAUAGAUUUUACACUUGAUAGGUUUAGCCUAAUCCUGAUGAGACAUUACGACCCAAACGAGAAACAGUUAUAACGCGUAAAACAGACAUGUCUGUCAGAAUUUAGCAGUGGGGGUGUUGGUAGCAGCACGUUGCACCAGACGCGCAAUUAUAUAACUUGCACUGUGGCGACCCACAACCCAACAUACAUCCUCUACACCGGACUGUUCUGAAUGUACUGUAUGCAGUGGGGACACUCGAUAGGGGGGCGAUAGCGCGUCUCCCAAACAAAUCACUCAAAUGGCACAACAAAUAUGGAAAAGUUAGGGACACUUGAACUGACGUCACAUUUCAUCUCACUUUGAAGUCGUCAUCAGCCAAUGGGGAUAUUUGUUGACGCAGUCAGCGGCCAACGAGGGCAGUCGUGAAGGGAGUUCCACUACCGUUCGCCACCAGCAAGGAUAUAUAAACUGCCGAUGGAGUUCGAAAAGGGGUUUGAAGCAAGUCAAGAAUAGCGGUGCUGAACAGACUCAGGCAGGGCCCUUGCUACUGAACACAGACUCAGAGAGCAGCGAAACCGAAGAGCUCUAAACGAUUGCUAUCGGCUUUUAUUUCUUAUUUUGAAAACACAUUUUCCAGUGUGUCAUGCAACUUUUCUAAAUUCAGCUAUUGAUUAUUUUUGUCUUCUAAAAAAAUAACUUCUGUUGACAUCCUGUCUUGAUGUAAACAAACCUGGCACAGAGGUGCUUAUACCUUGCAAAAAAAAGGUAUAUUCCGAAAUUAAACGUAUCUGCAGAACAAAGUGACCAUGCCUUACGAUCUAGCGGGUGUGUUUGACAACCGGGCGGAUUAUAAAUCCGAGAAACAGUGCCAAAGAACCUCCUUUGCCUUCUACCAAGCAGUGCGGGACCUGCUACCAGUAUGGGUACUCGAGGACAUGCGGACAAUGGAGGUGUUUCACUGGGAAGAUGACGGGCGGGCGUGCUCUUUUACUCCAUCCGAGGCUUUUCUGUAUGCACUUGUGCACGAUCAUCAACAAUACGCCAGAUACCUGCUCAACAGAUACUCCGUCGGCGCACUGGAGAUGCCCAGUCGAAGCUUCUGCUGCUGCCAAGCAUCUGCAACACCACAUCUCACAGUAGCUGUCCGCUAUAACCGUAUUACUAUCCUGAAAAUGAUUCUGGACUCUCUGAAAGACUUCUCCAAUAGCGAGCGCGUGAGCUACAUUAACAGUCGUGGAUGUUUUCACGUGGAGGGAGGCAAAGGCGCAUUGCAUCUGGCGUGCGAACUGGUUCGCCCUGAGUGUUUGAUUCUGUUACUAGGACACGGUGCAUGUCCUUAUGUCACAGAUCGAGAUGGGAACACCCCCUUGGACUGCCUCUUAAAUCAGAUACGCCGGGGUGAGCCUGACAUGCGCCGGAAGCACGUCUGCCUUGGUUAUCUCAUUCUCUUCAUGCCAAAAUUCCAUUUUCAAAUGAAGGGAAAGUUGGAGAAGAAUCCAGGGCUGUGGCAGGGUCUUAUUGGAGAGCAGGCGUUCCAGUGGCUAUCAGGACUAUCUCCCCCCUCUCUCUUUGUUCAGGCUAUGCGGAAGUUGACCCAGUCCAUACCUGUUGAACAGCUGGACCCUCUGCCAGACUUUCUGAAACCACUGGACUUCAGACUACACCAGUUAAACAUUCUCUCAAACCUCUCAGAUUAAACUACUGUACUGACUUCUGGAAUCAAAUAGUUAUUUUUGGCUAUGGUGUGAACACUUCGACAACAGUGUCAAUAAAAGUUAAUUAAAUGCAGCAUGUGGCUUUGUAAAUAGCAACUCAAAAUGUUCUUUACAUUUUGAUGUUUAAAAACAAUGCACUUUAGAAUAAAUGUUGAGUUGUCAUAUUUGACACUCGAGAGUGAAUUUAAUGGUGUUAAUGUUGCAAUGUGUAAAUAAAAUACUAUUAUUGUCUAUAA